AUGGACUACGAUAGCCAUCACCAGCAGCAGCAGCAGCAGCAGCAGCAGCAACAGCAACAACAACAACAGCAGCAACAGCAGCAACAGCAGCAACAGCAGCAACAGCAGCAGCAACCACAGCACGUACAGCAGCAGUCUCACUCGACGCAGCAGCCCCCACAACAGCAGCAGCACCACGCGCAGCAGCAUCACGUGCAGCAGCAUCUCCAGCAACAGUACCAGAGACACCUUGCUACAACUGGGUCCUCAGAUCUGUACGAUGCCAAGUAUAUUCCAAACAUUCCAAUGCCAAUGCCGAUAAGCCUAUCCACUUACCCAACGCCAUCAACUACUCCAUAUUAUUUUCAUGACGAUCCGCAUUCUCAGGUAGCCGAUUCUAACCAGAUCCAGCAACUUCCACACUUGAUUAACCAACAACAGUCUGCUGCUGCGCAGCAGCAACAUCAUCAUCACCCACAACAGCAGCACCAACAGCAUCACCAACCACAACAGCAGCCACAGUCUUACUACCCGUGGGGCUUGCCGCAUACCUACCAGUACUCUAUUAUGCACCCUCAAUUGCAGCAGCAUCAACAGUAUGGCCAGGCGAUCCCGCAGCACGCGUCGAUCCCGCCUCCUGCAGCUGCUGUAACGCAGGUUGCUGCGAUGCCUAAUAUGAAUGCUUCCGGUAUGCCUCCAGGCCAGAUGUUGGAUCCUAACGCCUUUGAAAACGUGCACAAAUGCCAUUUCUGUGAAAAGGCUUUCAAGAGAAAGUCGUGGCUGAAAAGGCAUUUACUGUCACAUUCCACAAUCAAGCCUUAUAGCUGUCCAUGGUGUCAUUCUCGACACAAAAGAAAGGAUAAUUUGUCACAGCACCUGAAGUUGAAGCACGCGGAGAUGCUUCUUGAAAGGCUAUCAGGUAGCCAUCCCAACACUGGUUCCUCUCUAUCCGGCCGUAUUAGUACGGAUGGCAGCCGCUCUUCUAGAGCGGUCAGUAGCGGGUCCGCUGGUGCUUUAUCUGUUUCUACCGGUGGUACAUCCACUUUCUCGAUUAAAGACAUGAUUGAUUCAGGCGUUCUCAACAAGAAUGAGGUUAAGAAAACGCUCAAUUCGUUGAUAAAUGCCGAUAUGGCUGAUUCAAUGGAACAACAUACACCUUCUAUGCAAGUUAGUGGACUAAACUCCUUGUCUUCCUCUGCUAGUCCGUCAUCGGUAUCGAGGAACACCCAGCCAAUGAUGGUAGUGCCCGCUUCUACGUCGCACAACAACGCGGGAGGUAGCAUGGGCGCAGCGACAAGGGUUGCUGGCCCUACAAAUGGGUCAAAUUUGGUAGACAACGUUGUCAACCGAGGUGCUAGUCCGAAUAGUAAUUCUGCAGCAGAUGGGCAUAUGAAUUCAAAUGUUAACCCUGGUGGUAAUGGUAAUAGUAUCCCGCCGCCUCUAGCGGUUUCUGUAGCACCUGCAAUGCCAGGCCCAAGCAACCUGGCUGCCAUGAGUAAUUUACAUCCAUGA